AUGCUACUUCUCCUUUUAACUUAUGCGGUCCCCAUCUUCCUCGUAUUAUAUCUCCUUGAAGACUACUUUUCUCUAUCGUCAAUACCUGGGCCUUUCGCCGCAAGUUUCACAAACCUUUACCGCCUCUUUCUCGUCUACAACCGAAAUCCCCACGAGAAACACCUUAAGCUCCACAAAUAUUAUGGCAACCUCGUCCGCUUGGGGCCCAACUGCAUCUCCGUUACAGGUUCGCAGAGUUACAUCCCCCAGAUCUACGGCAUCGGUAAAGGCCUUGUGAAGUCCGACUUUUACCGCUGUUUCCAGAACAUUGUGAAUGGGCGACGCGCGGCCAGUCUUGUGGCUAUGACGGAUGAAAGCCAGCACGCAAAGUCAAAAAGGUUGAUUGCUCAUGCAUAUUCGUUAAGUACGCUGGUAGAAUAUGAGGAACUGGUGGACCGCACGACGGAUGUAUUUUUACAGACUCUCGAGGAACAAUUUGCCUAUACUUCACUUUCGCAGAAACGAGUACUUGACCUGGGACGCUUUCUACAGUUCUUCGCCUUCGAUGUCAUUGGGGAACUCACUUUCAGUCACCGGUUGGGGUUCAUUGAAUCUGGUAUGGAUGUGGACGAUAUCAUCAAAGCUAUUGGAGCGAAUUUCUCCUACUUCAGUGUCCUCGGCCAAAUGCCUUGGCUGGAUGAAGCCGUCCUAGGAAAGAAUCCACUUUACAUAAGGUAUUUCCGGAAGAGCGUCAGUUCACCUAUCUUGCUGUUUGCUCAACGAUUGCUGAAGGAACGUUUGCGCGAGCUCAAGGAAGAUCGUGCAGAGGAUAAAGAGGACAAGUUGAACAAACCAGAUUUCCUCAGCCGUUUUCUGAAGAUCAGGAAAGCAGAUACCGAAGGGGACGAGACACUGACAGAUGCUCAGAUUCUGUCCAACUUAUUUAUGAAUAUAAAUGCGGGAAGCGACACGAUUGCCUCGACUCUACGCGCUAUCUUCUACCAUCUUCUCAAAAACCCCGUCUCGCUCUCGCUCUUGAUCACCGAGCUAGACUCAGCUGCAGCACAGAAGAAAAUCUCAAGCCCAUCCCCAACGUGGAACGAGACUCAACAAAGCCUACCUUACCUUUGUGCAGUAGUAAGAGAAGGCCUCAGGAUGAAUCCCGCCUUAUCACUGCCACUGGAACGCAUCGUUCCGAAAGAAGGCCUGACUUUGCAACACGAAGAUGGCACCCACACCUUUCUACCUCACGGCACUGUCCUAGGUAUCAAUCCAUGGGUCUUCCACCGGAGCCCUCAGGUCUUUGGCCCCGAUGCUGAGGCCUGGAACCCAGGCCGUUGGCUCAGCGACAAAGAAAGAGAGACCAAGAAUAUGGAGCACAGUCUCCUGUCAUUCGGCGCAGGGAAGAGAUCCUGCUUGGGCAAGAACAUUGCAAUGCUGGAGCUGCACAAGCUUGUUCCGGCGUUGCUCAUGAAAUUUAGCAUUGAACUGGAUGAACCUAAGAAGGAAUGGGAAGUAAGUAAUGCUUGGGUGUUGAAUCAGACGGGGUUGAAUGUCAGGUUGGCAUUACGGUGA